UUUUUCCAAUAAAAACUUUUGAACUUCCCAAAAAAUUGCCGGAGUGAUCCUUACACUCUCUCCCGCAAGCUUUGAAAUUUCCUUUCAUCGCCAUGAUUACAAAAUGGCUUCCCGCGCUCUGCUCUCGCGCCGCUCUCUUCCAUUCCUUCGACUCCACUCCUCUUGCUCCUCCUUCGCCUUCUUUUAUUUCACCCCUUCCCCUCAAGCCUACCUUGCUUCCCCCUUCUCUCAAACGCAAAAACCCCACCUUUAUAGCUCCCUCGCUCACCAGCUUCUCGAUGAAAUCUCCCAACCGGAGUUCUCUUACUGCAACAACACCAUUACUUACCUCUCCCACCGACGCUCCUUCUCUGAAGUGCUCCAAUUCUAUGUCAUCAUCCUUCGAAGUGGCCAUCUCCCUAAUGGCUCGACUCUCCCAUGCGUCCUCAAGGCCUGCACUGCUCUCCCCGCCCUCUUCUUUGGAUACGCCGUUCACGCCCAUAUCAUCCGCCAUGGUUUCGAGGCUGCCACCUUCAUUCAGAACGGAGUCAUCGUAAUGUAUUCGAGGUUUGGCGAUAUUUUUACCGCCCAUCAGGUGUUUGAAAAUUUGCCUCAUCGGAAUGUGGUCUCCUGGACCUCAAUUAUAUCCGGCUAUGCUCAGAACGGAUUUCCUCUGCAAGCUCUUCAUAUUUUCCGAACGAUGAGGUUGGAUUCGCCUAUCGCUCCAGAUUUCAUAGCACUGGUUAGUGUUUUGAAGGCUUAUAUGGACGUGGGAGAUUUGGAGCAGGGAAGAUGUGUUCAUGGUUUGGCGGUGAAGUUUGGGCUUGUGGAUGAACCGGAUUUGCUCAUUACUCUCACUUCCAUGUAUGCAAAGUGUGGUCUGGUGGAUACUGCAAGGGCCAUGUUUGAUCAGGUUUCUUUACCGGAGCUAAUCCUUUGGAAUGCAAUGAUCUCUGGGUAUGCAAAGAACGGGCAUGCAGAGGAAGCAGUGAAGCUCUUCAAGAAGAUGGUUGCGAACGAGAAGAUUGAACCAGAUUCAAUCACUUUAAGAUCAGCCAUUCUGGCUUGCGCCCAGGUUGGAUCUCUCGAAUCUGCGAAUUGGAUUUGGGAGUUUGUUAGUAGCAGCGUUUUGAAAGAUGACGUUUUUGUUAACACGGCCAUCAUUGAUAUGUACGCCAAGUGUGGAAGUGUUGUUCUCGCUCGCAAGGUGUUUGAUAGUAUUCCUCAGAAGGAUGUUGUUGUGUGGAGUGCCAUGAUCAUGGGCUAUGGAUUGUAUGGGCAGGGGAAGGAAGCCAUUAAUCUCUUCCAUGAGAUGAUUCAAUCUCAGGUUAGACCAAACGACGUCACAUUCAUUGGUUUGCUUUCAGCUUGCAAGCAUGCCGGAUUGGUUCAAGAUGGUCGAAAAUGCUUUCAUUUGAUGAGAAACCAUGCCGUCAAGCCUCGUCAUCAACAUUAUGCUUGCAUAGUCGAUCUUCUUGCUCGUGCUGGAUACCUCGAAGAAGCUCACGAGUUUAUCAGAGAAAUGCCAAUGGUGCCAGAGGUGACUGUAUGGGGGGCUUUACUGAAUGCAUGCAGGAUACAUGGCCAUGUGGAACUAGGAAAAUAUGCAGCUGAAAGAGUUUUUGCCAUAGAACCAUGGAAUGCAGGGCACUAUGUUCAACUUUCCAACAUAUAUGCUUCCGCUGGUUUGUGGAAAGAUGUUGCAAAAGUUCGCUUAUUAAUGAGGGAAAUUACGAAGGCCACGGGAUUCAGCUCUAUUGACAUUAAUGGAAAGAUUCAAUCUUUUUAUGCCGGGGACAAGUCUCACCCGAGAUCCAAGGAAAUAUUUGCGAAGCUGGAUGAACUGGAGAGGAAGCUAAAAAAAAAUGGAUUUUUACCUCAUACUGACUCUGUCUUGCAUGAUCUGGGGCUUGAGGAGAAGGAGCUAUCUUUGUGUAAUCACAGUGAGAGGAUAGCAAUGGCAUAUGGUCUUAUCUGCACUCCCCCUCGCAUGACCCUUCGAAUUACGAAGAAUCUUCGUGCCUGUGUCAACUGCCACUCUGCCACUAAGCUUAUUUCGAAGAUUGUGGAACGAGAAAUAAUUGUUCGAGAUGCAAAUCGUUUUCAUCACUUCAAAGAUGGUUUCUGUUCUUGUGGUGAUUACUGGUGAUGGGACUAGAGACCAGUCAUUGAAUUACAAGGUCCAUUUUCUGAAGGAAACCAACAAUUGUAGAAUUUUCAUAAUGGGUAUAGCUGGAGUCAUUGGCAUUCUGUUGAACUGGCAUAAAAUUUCACUUUGCUGGAGGGACUCUAUCUUUUAUGGUUAACAAUCUCAUGUCAAAUGGAAGGUUAUAUGUAUUUCUUUUUAAUGAUGGAGCUUGCCCUUCUCAGAAUGAGGCCUCAUCUUCAGAUCUCUUGAAAAUGUGUGCAAGGUCAUCUCAUAAUGAACGGUCAAUAUUUACCAUCAACACAGUAUUAAAUUACCACUAUGGAGUUGCAUCAUCCUCCCCUGCCUCAGUAGACAAUCACUCGAGAAGGUUGCGCCAACGCCAUUAUAUUCAAUGUCCAAAAUCUUUGGAGUGGUAUGGAUGUAAUUUCAGGUAAUUGUGAGGGUUUUCUUUUCAAAUAAAGUGAGCUAUAAGCUCAUCUUUUUUAUGGUAACUUAGAAUUUAUAAUGUUAGCUCUCUUUUAUGAUGUGGGACUAAAUGACUUAUCUAGGGGUUCUUGUCAUGUUGAGGUGCAACAACUCAAUCCUAGCUUCACCAUCCACUUUGGAUGGUUGGGAUUGAAUUCAACAAAAAAAUAGAGUGUGGAAAGAUUUAAAAUAGGGAAAGUUUACAUACAUACCAUAUAAUUAUUAUGCAUUUGCAUGGUUAACCCCCGAAGUUUGAUAUUUGUAUUUAUAACACUUUGAUAUCAACAAUCUAUGCAUGAUAGUGAUAUUUUAGAUGUGAUGUUAAAAAUUUGAGGUUUAGGUAUAUGAAUAUGAAUGUCUAGGCAGUAGAUAUGUGGAUAUA